CGGUCCAUUUGCGUCGCCAGUGCGGUGCAGCUUUAACCGGUCCGUCAUGCCUUGCGGUGUCCUAGUUCUGUUCCGAUCGUGAUUUACACGUGAGGUCUCCUUCACUGAUAGCAAGCCUACAAGCCCCCUUGUAGGAUGUCCGAUGACUGGACGGACUCGUGUUUACAUCCACUCGGUUUCUAGAAGAGGCGGGGAUGCGCGCACACCGUUAACUGUGAUGCAGGCGCCGAUCGGCACAGAAUAAACAGGGAUCUCCCUCAAGUGGCCCGCAUACCAUGACGAAGAAAGUACUGGAUUUUAUCCCAGAGAUAUAUUCGGUGGCUACAGAACAAGAGAGUUCUUAAUCGUCUAAGACACAGUGAGCUGCGGCUGGAAAGAGGAUGCAAAAUAAAGAAUCUCUAGCGGCUCCCUGUGGUGUGGAGGAAUGAAGGCCAUGGAGCUAAAAGUGUGGGUGGACGGAGUGCAGCGCAUUGUGUGCGGGGUCACGGAGUUCACCACAUGCCAGGAAGUGGUCAUCGCUUUGGCACAAGCCAUUGGACGGACGGGCAGAUACACUUUGAUCGAGAAAUGGCGGGAGACAGAGCGCCACCUGGCUCCAAAUGAAAACCCUGUAGUGUCCCUGAACAAGUGGGGCCAGUAUGCCACUGACGUGCAGCUCAUCCUCCAGCGGACCGGCCCGUCUGUCAGCGAGCGGCCAAACUCUGAAGGGCUGGCUCGUGUCCCAGAACGAGGUCUAUACCGCCAGAGCCUUCCACCUCUGGCCAAGCUCCGUCCAUCGGGGACAGACAGGUCGCUCAAACGAAAGGAACCCAAACGCAAAUCUUUGACCUUCACAGGAAGCGCCAAGGGUCUGCGGGAAAUAUUUGGAAAAAGCAGAGAUACUGAUGUCAAACAGUCCCAGCAGCGCGGUGUGAGUUUAAACCUCAGCAGAGUUGGAGGAGGUGGAAUAGCAUCUGUACCUGGGAGUCCGGCCAGAGAGCUGAGCCGACUGGUGCAGCUGCAGAGAAACAAACUCCAGGCCCUGGAAAGCCGCCUGCUGGGCUGCGAGGCUGAGCUGCGAGACUGGGAGGAGGCCACAGGCGAGGCCAGCGAUGAAGGAAACCUGGAGGAAGAGCUGCUGCUUUUAGAGCAGCAGGUGAGGAGGAAUGACGCCGAGAUGGAGGAGGAGGAAUUCUGGCAGAACGAGUUGCAGAUAGAGCAGGAGAGCGAGUGGCAGCUGCGGCAACAGCUAGCCGAGCUGCAGGGCCACGUACGCGACUGUGAAGCCAAGCUUUCGGAGUAUCUAGCUCGCAUACAGAGCAUGGAGGCAGGUGUGGAGCAGGAGCGACUGCAGCACGAGGCUGAGCUGAAACAAAGGGUCAACGAGGAAGAGGUACAAGCCCAGCUGGAGAAAGUGAGGGCAGAGUUGGAAAUGCAGAGCCAACAAACAGCACGGCUGGAGAACAGCUGCAGGGCAUUGGAACGCUCGCUCAGCCAGUCAGGCAAGAGAUUACAGGAGAAAGAGCAGGAGCUGGAGCAGCUGACAAAAGAGCUUCGACAGGUCAACCUACAGCAGUUCAUUCAGCAGACUGGUACCAAGGUCACUGUGCUGCCGGCUGAACCAUCAGAAGACAUCAGCAGCGAGACGGAGUGCGGUUCCCUGAAACGACUCGGCUCCUCCCGUCUCUUACCCAGUGACCUUCGUGCUCUUCAGAGCGCCGUCUCGUCCACCCUCAACCCUGAAGGCAUCUACGUUUGACCCUAAAUGUCCAGGAGGCAUAUUCUUUUUUGGCAGUAGCAAGGCAGCUUUAUGCUACUGAAACUAUUUCCACACACAGAAAAACAAAGAAAUGACUCCACAAAUAGAUGUUUUUCUUACAAGGCAACAGAGUGUCAGAGUGGCACUUCAAUAUGGAGGGUUUUUGCCCAAAAAAAAAAAGAGUGUGACAAGAAAACUGCACUGCCUCCUCUUCACUAGAAUUGAACUUAAACUUAAACUGAUGUCAUCAUCUGCCGUUUAAUGCACAGUCUGAGCUCCCAUGAGUGAGUAAGGAUAAGUGCAACAGCACCAUUUUUCUCUACAUACCAGCUACUGUGUUUGUAUUUUUGUUUGUUUGGGGUUUUUUAGCACUUCCGGACACACUCUGAAUACACAAUCAUUUAUUAGUCAAGCGAUUCCCGGCAAAAAAACUAUAACACGUGCAGUAAAUCAUGAGAGAAUUUCACAGUGCAGUAGUUUCACACGCGUACUCGUCUCCAUCCAAAAAAAGAGACAGAUGCAUGAGCAUGCACAAACAGUGACUCCUGUGCUAUAAGCAUAGCCAUAUCUGAUUGCCUUAAAACUAGAUGUUAGUAAAUGUAAUAUUGAAACAGAACUCAAGGUAGCUACUGAGUACUGUGCGCAGUGUGAAUUUGUUAAAAUGCUCCAAUUCAGGUGACUCCUUGUCACGGUAACUGAUGUCAGUACAACUCCAUGUGGGGUUAGUCUUUUUUUUCUAAAAGAGUUUGAACUUUUUUUUUGUUUUAAUUAACUAGUGAGUUUGCUUCGUGUGUAUGUUUAGACGGCGAUUGAAAACAUUUAUCAUAAAAUGUAUGUCAGAGUUAAAAGAGGGCGACUAAAGAGGCCAAUGAAGUGAUAUUUUAAGUAGAACAUGGUGGCUGUAAUGUGGUCCAAUUUAAGUAUUAUGUGUUGUGCAGUAGGCAUGCAUCUGUUGUUUUUCUCAUAAUGAAAAUGUCUUUAGUAUGGAAGCUUGUUUCUGCCACUGAAAAAAGGGGUUUUUUGUCAUCUGUAAGUCAGAAUUUCAGCUUUUUAUCUCAGUUAUUUUCUAAGAAGUUUAAGCAUGUUACAGGUUUGAGAUAAGAACCAGAUUUUUUUUUCCUUACAGAUGACUUAUGCAAAAAACAAAAGAAUAAAAAAAACAAACAAAAAAAAAACGGUGGUGCAAACAAAGUUCCACACUUGGGUGUAAAUCCAGGCUCAAAUAAUUUAUCACUGUGACCACCAGGUGGCAGCAAAACAUAUUUUAUUCAGGUAGGCGAAAGGCUCUUUAAGUCAUCUGAUUAGUGCGUGUUUAGGAGUCACUUACUGUAUGCCUGUUGUUGUUGUUGUAACAAAGCCUCUGCACUUUAGCUUUAAUUGUGUUAAGGUGAGAGUGUUUGAUAUGUUUCACUGUGUACUGUGUUCAGGAACACACACGCACACAUAUCAACACACCAUCCUAUGAUUUCUAACAAACUUAAGAUGUCUUCUAUGAACCAAAGUUAGUGUCACACAACAGAUGGUUAAAUGAAUGUAUUUUUUUUGUGUAUGUGCAGCUUGUGCUUAAUAAAAAUACCAGCUUCAUUCAAAUGGUGGCUGCGCUGCACACCAUACAUAUUUUAUAUUUUACGGUCAGCUCUUUCACGCAGAAAGACGACAUUUAUAUCACAAAAGACGGUAUUAGAAGUCUGAGAUAGAAGAUGUUAGUAUGAACCUUUGCCAGCUGAAUUGGAGAAACCCAAACUGCUUGUGGAUCCUCAGUAUGGGCUCAGAAAACUGCAAAAAAUUGCAGAUGUUAAAUAAAAAAUCAAUAUUG